AGUAGUCGUUUUCCGCAAUACUUAAAAAUGGAACUUAAGGAAAAGAAGCCAAAGACCUCAAAACGCCAGACUCAAGUUCCCCUCAUCAUUCCCAAGGACUCGGUGGUCAGCAGCUAUGCCAUCGGUCGCCUGGGCUCCGAACCUGUUCCGGCGAGGAUUGAGAUUAAGGAACUGAUAGGGAGUGGAUCCUUUGGCCGUGUGUACCGGGCUCAACUAAACGGGUCCGAGGAGUUGGUGGCCGUGAAGCAGACCCUUUACAAUCCUAGGAUCUGCCAGCGCGAAGCAGAGAUUAUGGGCCAGCUAAGGGACCACAACAACAUAGUCCAGCUGAUCAUGCACUCCUGCGUAAACUUGGGCGUUCCUCCAAGGGACUACAUUAUGCUAGUCAUGGAGUACAUGCCGAUGACUUUGCUGGACUACAUAAACUAUCACCUGAGGGAGCAACAGCCCGCAGAACUUCUAAUCAAUGUCCGCAUACUCUCGUACCAGCUGUUCAGGGGAUUGGGUUAUCUCCAUCUAUUGGGCAUCUGCCACCGGGACAUCAAGCCUGAGAAUCUGCUGAUGGACAACCAGAAGAUGGUGCUCAAGUUAAGUGACUUUGGCAGCGCCAAGCACCUGGUGCCCCAGGAGCCCAGCCAGAGUUACAUUUGCUCCCGGCUAUAUCGUGCUCCCGAGCUUUUCGCCGAUUGCGAACUUUAUACCUGUGCCGUGGACAUCUGGAGUGCUGGCUGCGUCCUGGCGGAGCUGCUCAAGGGCUCCCCCCUCUUUUCCAGCCACAAACACGAGCGGAAGCAGCUGCGUCUCAUCGUUAAUAUGCUGGGCAGCGAUGGCUUGGAACUAGCUCCUGAAAUUCGCUCAAAGUGUGGCAAUUCACUGCAUCCUCGAACUACCCGGCCCAGUUGGGAUCUCCUCCUGGGUGCGGCUGUUCCGCUGGACCUGUCCGAUCUCUUGAACUCAUGCUUGAUCUACGAGUCCGCGGCUAGAAUCUCACCCAUGAUGGCAUGUGCUCAUGGCUUAUACGAUGAACUGCGCAUCAUGGACGCCCUGGGGCUGCGCAUGCCCAAUGGCAAUCCACUGCCGCCUCUGUUCAACUUCACCAGCCAGGAGAUGGGAACAGAUCCAAAACUUUGGGUCAAUCUUUUGCCGAUCCAUUUGUCUUCGCUGGAGGAUAAGUAUUCGGUGGUAGCAGCCUUUGAAGAAGUCUAG